AUGGCGGACGCAGAAACGGUGGAGAUGGAAGUCAGUCUUUUCCAUGCAAUGAGAAGGCACAAGCCUGUAGGUGUUAAUCGACAUUUCCAAAUGCUUGUCAUCCAUGAUAAGCUAAAUAACUCCUUCAGCAGAAAAGUUACAUCUAAGCAAAUAUGGACUCGGCUUUUCACCAUGUAUGACCUAACAGCUCUGAAUGAAUCAGAGAUUUUGCCAUUUCCAAACAAAGAUAUAGACUUUGCCUUACCAGGUGAAGAUUUUUCAGAUCUUUUUAACAAAGAGUUUCCAAGAUCUCAUUCCACCUCACAUAGAUCCCUGGAUGACAGUAAAAGUGACAAGUCUGAUGCUUCUUCCAAAGACACCCAUGUUUCAGUUUCAAAACUAACAAAAGCAGAAAAACAUGAAUCAAAGCCAGAAAAUAAACAUACAAGUAAUGUGUUACAUGGAAACACUCCUGAAAAUUCUCCAAAACGGAAACGUACACGACAGACCCAUUCUACUCACACCAGCCCUGCUACUCCAGAAGUGCCAAGUAAACGCAGGCGAUGACAAGAGAUUCAGACAUUCAUGUGUGUCUCAGUGUGUCAGAAAUGAGAGAAAAUAUUGAAAACAAAAUGUAACUGUAUGCAUUGGAUUAUGUUAGGAGAAUGUGAUUUCAGAAAGGAUGAGAAUGAGAUGCAAGAUAGGAUUUGACUGUGAGACAGGAUUUAUAGACAGUAUGUAAUGUUAAAUGCUUUGUGUGCUUUGUAUUUCAGUACAUGUAUAAGGAAUACCAUAAUUGUAAAAAUUGCUAGAAAUGAAUUGUCUUUUAAAAAAAUAGAAAAGAUAAAACCAAUUUAAAAGGAAAAAAAAAGAAAAAAAAAACAAUAGAUAAAAAAAUUAAUAAAACUUUUAA